UUGUCAGUCGUGACGCCCUCGCUCCCUCACACCGAGGGUGUCGUGUGCUGCCUGCAGCUGCCUGUUGUUGUAGCUGGUGGGGUGUCUCUUAAUGAGAUCCGAGAUAAUGACAUCGGAUGGAGCGGGGAGGAGACGCGCCAGGUGGAGGACACGUGUGGACCGGCCGGGGGGUGCGGGACGUGUUUAGGGAAGCUGAGUAAAAACGAACUAACCCGUAACAAUCGUCUCCGAGCCGCCGCCGCCAGUCUCCGAGGGCCGCCACUAACGUCUCUAUUUGUGUCGUCCCUCGCUCAGAUAAUGGCUUCUAUUGUUUGUUUCUUCACCGCGACGUGA